GGUUCUAAACCGCGAGUAGCCGAGUAGCAAACACGCCAUCCUCGGCGAAUGCCGAAUAACAAGUAUUUGCUACGUCGCAUUUUACAAGCAGCUGCAUGACGAGUGACUAGUUUGUGUGAACUUUCCGUUAACGAAUAAUCGCUAUUCGUUGGUGUUUCUCAUCGUAUUAUUUUGUAUUUGAAAAUGGACUGGGGUAAAAAGGACGUAUUUAAAUUCUUGCAACUAUAUGAAGACGAAUCGGUAAUAUGGAAUCCCGAACACAGUGACAAUAAAAACAGAAAUCUGGUCUACGAUGCUUGGAAAAGAAUAGAAAUAAAUAUGGAUGGGAAAUAUCCCAUUGACGAAUUAAAGAGAAAGAAGGAGUCUCUGAUGGCGUCGUAUAGAGGUUGUCGGAAUAAGAUUAGGGAAUCAACAAAAAGUGGAUCAGGGACGGAUGACGUAUACAAGCCAAGCUGGUUAUACUAUGAGAAAAUGGCCGGUUUCCUUCUGAAUAGAAACAAGGCAAAAGUUACAAUGAAGUCGGAGGCGGAGGACCCGUGGACAACUAUGGACGAUCAAAGCAGUGGUGAGGAGAACGACCCCAUUGAAAUAACCCCCGAGGAUUUAAAUGAAAUGGACGAACUUUUUGAAAUAGAAGAAUUACCGCCUGGAGAAUUACCGGCUCCAGAAUUACCGCCCUCGACUACAAAGUCAUAUUUUAAGCCACCUGUGCAGAAAAAAAUGAAGAUGCCUGAAGAGGAUGACCUGGAAAGGAAAUCAGAUGAGAAAUUUGCAAUUAUACAUAACUAUGCCCAAAAAAAGGAAAAGCAAAAAGAUUAUUGCGAUAAAUACGGCGAAGUGGUUGCUGAAAGAUUAAGACAGUUGGAUGAAAGAACUAGGGAUGUAGCAAUAAACCGAAUCGAUAAUCUUCUUUUUGAAUUAAAAGUAAAUCCGACCACUUCAGCACAAUUUGAAAUCGAUAUUCCUACUGACCAAAAUUAACCCAUUUUCUACCCACAAAACAUUCUCUCAUCAUUGACCUCUCAAAGCACAUAUGAAAAGUACAGGGGAAAAACAAGGAAUGUCACUUUUUCAUUAAUUUUGGCUUUUCUCGCUAUGUGGUAGCAAAAACUGAGCACUAUCGACUAGGCUAUCGAUUCAAGACAAUAAACAUAAAGAUCAGUCUAUAAAAAUUUUUUAAAAAUUUUUAUCCAUUCGAAGGACCAGAAUUGUCUGCGCGCCACUGAACAAAAAUAAGGAAUUUUAGCAGUUUUUUUGGUGCAUCAUUAAGUUAAUAGGUUAAUAUAGAUUCAUAUUAUAUUAAGAUUACAGAAUAAGAAUUGCUAGAAUUCUGCUAAGAAUCUCCUAAGUAGUUUUUAGAUAUCAUAAGAAUUAAACCUUUAUUCGUGUGUAUCGUAAUAUGUAUAAAAUGUGACAUUCCUUGUUUUUCCCCUGUACUCUUCAUAUAUGACACUCAAAAAUCUUCACUCAUUGCUACUAAACUAUCUCAUAACAGCCAUCACCACCUUUAGCCCAGUAAAUGAACGUAUAGAGUGUAAUUUUUCCAGUCACGAUGGAUUUGCUUGAAAACACGUCGGAAAACGUGUUUAUUUUAAAUAAACAUAUAUUGUCCUUCACAUUACAUUUCGAACAUUUGUACUUAUGGUAGUGGUUUUUUCGGGCCGCUGAUCACAGUUUAAAGACGCAGAAGAAGAAAAAAGAAGAUUAUCAAGCUUCUUGACACGUGACGUGCGCACAUCACUGUUUUUUUUAUUUUAUUUUUAUCGCACAAGACAUCUUCUUCUUCAGGUGCCAUCUCCGCUACGGAGGUUGGCAAUCAUCAUAGCUAUUUUAAUUUUUGAGGGAGUAGCUCUAAAUAGUUGUUUUGAGCUGCAUCCAAACCAUUCUCUCAGGUUCUUCAGCCAUGAAAUUCGUCUUCUGCCGAUUCUUCUUCUGCCAUCUAUCUUUCCCUGCAUUAUGAGUCGCAGGAUGCCAUACUUCUCGCCCCGCAUCACAUGUCCGAGAUACUGUAGUUUUCUUUCUUUAAUUGUAAGUUCAACUUCCACCUCAACUUGCACAAGACAUGGGUGGGUUCAAAAGAAUCAAUGGGGAGGAGCGUACAAAUGUUCGAAAUGUAAGAGAUAGGACAAUUAUGAUUGUCCCUCCUUAACAGGUAAGUCAACCACUCAAUUAAUUAUUUUCACUCGCAAAUAACCCGAAAAAUAUAGACUUCUAAGUAGACUAAAUCUAUUUCCGGACUUACCUGGAACAUAUAUUUUUUCACACCCGAGAAGGGGGAUCAAGUCUAAUAAUGAAGCAGAGGGUUUUUCUUCUUGUAGUUUCUUCCCCUAUCGGCGGUUAGAUGUCAUCACAGCUAUCGGUACUUUAUUGGCGGCUGUUCUGAAAAGAUCUACUGAACUGCAAAUAUACCACUCUCUUAGGUUUCUGAGCCAAUAAAUUCUUUGUCUUCCUAUGCAUCUCUUACUCUUAAUUUUACCUUGCAUUAUGAGCUUUAAUGCCUCAUAUUUCGCAGCUCUGGUAUAUAAUGUGGCUUAAAUAUUCCAGCUUUCCUGUUUUGAUGUUCUUUAUGACCUCGCCAUCCUUUUGUAGCCUUCUUAACACUUCUGCAUUUGUAACUCGGAACUUGGAUUCAUGGUAUUUUCGAAAUUAUUAUAUAGCACCACAACUCAAAUGCUUCCAACUUCUUUAUAUUAUCCACUUUUAAUGUCCAACUUUCCAUUCAAACAUCAAAGCUGCAUAUUCUCAAUUAACAAACAUUGUUUUCAUUUUAUUGUCUUGCAAUUUUAAUGCGUGUCCUGAUUUCUCUACCUUGGUCAUUUUUUUCAUUUACCCAGCUUCCCAGAUAUUUGUAGUUAUUCACCCCUUCUACUUCUUUUACCUCGAUGUCUAGCCUUACUACAGUAUACUGUUUAGAAAUAAACAUGAACUUAGUUUUCUUAACGUUCAUUAUUUCUUCUUCUUCUUCUUCUUCUUCUUUUAUAUAGGCAGUACUUCCUGUUUUUCUUCAACGGUGCCUUUCAUUCUGUCCCUAAGUUGUCAUUCCAUCUUUUCCUUGGACGUCCUAUACUUCUCCUAACUAACGGUGACUUGUCCCUGGCUAUUCUUACUAUCCUUGAUUCAGACAUCCUGCUUAUGUGCUCAUUCCACUCUUCUUUUCUGUUCUUUACCCAGGUAUUUAUAUUGUCCACCCUGCAUAUUCGUCUGAUUUCCUCACUUCUUACCCUAUCCUUUUCCAGCAAUCCUUCUUAAGAUUUUCAUUUCUUUGGCUCCCAGAUGUCUUCGUGUUUUGCUUGUAUCUGGUCUUGUUUCGGCCAUGUAACUCAUAACUGGCCUAAUAACUGACUUACAUAUUAUUCGGGCCUUUGUUUCCAAUCUUAGGUGUUUGUUUUUCCAAAUUGUGUCGUUUAGGCAUCCGGCCCUUCUACUGGCUUUAAUUAUUUGGUCUUUUACCUCUUCUUCGAUAUUGUUGUCGGCUGAUAGAUUAAUUCCCAGAUAUUUGAAAGUCAUUACUUGUUGUAUAAUUUGAUUUUCUAACUCCAAUUUGCAUCUUAUUGGUUCUUUGGCAAUUACUAAGCUUUUUGUUUUUUGGGCUGAUAUUUUUAUAUUCAUUUUUUUGCGUUAAUGUUGAACUCAUGCAAUAAUCUUUGUAGGUCGUCUUCGCACUCUGCUACUGACACGGUGUCAUCAGCGUAACAGAGUAUUUUUAUCUCUCUAUUGCCCAUUUUGUACCCUUUUUUUCUUCACUUUUUAUUAUUGUAUCCAACAUUAUGUUAAACAGUAGAGGGCUUAGUGAAUCUCCUUGCCUGAUUCCUGUGUUUGUUUCUAUGGGUUCUGUUAUUAUUCCAUUGACUUUCAUUUCUAUUUUAUUUCUUACAUAUAUGUUUUCUACGUUCAUUAUUUGUAGUCCAUAUUUUAUCCUGACUAUAUGUAAUCUAUUUACUAAGCGUUGCAGUGUUUCUAGACUGCGAAAAUAGCGGUGUCGUCUGCGAAUUUCAUGUUGUUCCAGAUUUUUACGUUUAUUGAUAUAUGUACCCUGUUUUUCCUCUGAUAUUGCUUUCUUAUAAAUGGCUUAUCUGUACAGAUUAAAUAAUAAUGGGGACAACACGAAACCCUGUCUAACAACUCUUUUGAUUUCUAUAGUUUCUGUUUAGAAAGUAAGAAAGUAAGAAAAACCUAAAUCCAAAUUUUUAUGCAAUUCGGUGGUGACAUGGAAAAUUACACGGUAUCGCCGUAUUGCACGUUCAUUUACUGGCCAAUUUAUGGAACUCCUUCGUAUACAUAAUCUCCAUUAGGGUCAAUGCACAUUUCCUUGUUUUCAAGUUGCGUGCAUGCUGCGAGCACGCUGCUUGUUUUCAAGCCAAGUUUCCCGUCAAUACACGUGCAAAACCUCUACCUACAUUUUAAAGAACCGCUUGAAUUGACAUGAAAUUUGGCAAACACAUAGCUAACAAGUCAAAGAAAAAAAGUGAUAUUGUGCCGAUGUGUGCUUUUGCCAUGGGGGUGGUUUUCACCCCCCUUUUGGGGGUGAAAAGAUAUACGACCAAAGUAAGUCCGGAAAUGGAUAAACUGACUAAUUGUAAGUAACUUUUGUUCUAUAGAGUUUUUUCAUUAAGUCAAUAUUUUUCGAGCAAUUGCCAGUGAAUAUGUUCAUUGUUUCAGUAAAAUAACCACGCUUUUAGAAAUUUUUCGCAAAUAACUCAAAACGUAAAUAUUUUGUCGAAAAAAAUUUUCUUAGCAAAAAUAUAGCUUCUAAAAAAUUAAAAAAAAAAUGGCGUAUAUAUCACGUCUCUAUACCUAGUAGAAGCAGAGUUAUAGCUAAUGAAAAAUAGGUUCAUAUUCGUCAAAUUCAGAAUGGAAACUUUAACGUGAAAUAACCAAAAAUGAAGCACAUUUCGGGGAAAACUCAUUACAACUUAUUUAAAGUGUUUAAAAAAAGCUUCAUUUUUGUUUUAUCUGUCCUAUUAACAAUCCAGCAUAAAAAAAAUUUUUAGCGUCAAAAGUAAACAAGUUGCGCUCAAAAUAAAGUGAGUCCCUUUUUUUUUGGUAAAAAAAUCGGGAAAAUCACCUCCUAAUUAGUAUCUCAAAUGAACUUACUCGUUACUACUUCACAAGUUUCUUGACUCGUGUAUGUAUUGUUUAUAAUAUAAACAUAAUGUUUAUAAUAUAAUCAUAUUAUGAUCUGUAAGUUUCAUCGGUUCAAAGUCCUUAUUUUUGAAAGGGGUGUAGUUAAAAGGGGUUGAACGAGUCACUGAUCACGAAUGUAUGCAAAUUUAGAAACACCAAAUCUUAAUCAAUUUUUGUCUUACAGAAAAACAAAAAAAUACAGGAUAUUCAGAAAAGCAAUGCUGACUUUUUUUGUUUUUUGAGAUUUUUGGUAUCUCUAACAAUUUUUAAGGUAUUUUGAAAAAAAAGCAUAUUUUUCAAAAUUAAAUUUUUUGAAAAUUUUGCUUUGAAACCAAAUUUUUUCAAAAAUAAGCACUUUGAAUCGAUGAAACUUACAGGUCAUAUAAACACAACAUAAGUAAAAUAAUUUGUGGAGCGGUAAUGACUAAUUUCAUUUAAGUUGCUAAUUAGGGGGUGUUCUUCCCGAUUUUUUUGCCAAAACAAAAGGGACCAACUUUAUUUUGAGCGUAACUUGCUUAAAUUUGAUGCUAGAAACUUUUUAUAAAAACAGAAAUAAAGCUUUUUUUAAACAUUUUAAAAAAGUUAUAAUGGGUUUUCCCCAAAAAGUGCUUAAUUUUUUGGAUAUUUCACGUCGAGAUAUUCUAUUUGAAAUUUGGCGAAUAUGAACCUAUUUUUCAUUGGCUAUAACUCUGGUUCUACGAGGUCCACACGCGUACACCAUUUUUUUACUUCUUUACAGGCUAUAUUUUUGCUAAGAACGUUUUUUUCGGCAAAAUACUUACUUUUUGAGUUAUUUGCGAAAAACCGUCUAAAAAUGUGGUUAUUUUGUUGAAAAAUGAACAUAUUCACUCGAAAAUAACUCGAAAAGUGUUGACUUGGCGAAAAAGCUCUAUAAAACAAAAAUUACGUAAAAUUAGUCCGUUUAUCCAUUUCCGGACUUAUUUUGGACAUAUAUUUUUUCACCCCCAAGAGGGGGUGAAAGUCACCUCCAGGGCAAAAGCACACAUCGGCAUAAUAUCACUUUUUUUCUUUGAUAUGUAAGCUAUGCGUAUGCCAAAUUUCAUGUCAGUUCAAGCGGUUCUUUAAAAUUUAGAGCAAAAACCGUGAAAGAAUGUACUAAAAUAAACAGCUCUGUAUCUACGUUGAAAUCCAUCACGCGGUCAACGUGUACUCACAGACUGCCAAACCCCUGACUUGUUUUCAUGCCACGUGCACGUGGCGAUGUAGCAGAAACUGGCGUGCUCUCUGUCCAAGCGGCUUGCAAGUCACUUACAAGCGGCUUGCACGCUGCGGCUCAGCUCGAGUGCGCAGUGUCUGAUUACAACUCAUGUAGGUACUGCCGAACUGCCAACGAUCGCACGUACAGUUGAGUCCGGGAAUCUUUACCCGUGCGUCAUCAUUUAAAGCAUACGAAAUAAGUCUAUAAUAAGUCGGAAAUUGAAAUUUACUAAACGCAACAGCAAGUCACUUACAGUCACUUGCUGUUGCGUUUAGUAAAUUUCAAUUUCCGACUCAUCAUCGACUCAUUUCGUAUGCUUUAAAUGAUGACGCACGGGUAAAGAUUCCCGGACUCAACUGUAGCUUGCUAGCAGUGUGCACGUGAAAAGACGCAAAUGUGCACCGAGCCUUUCUCAAUCGCAUCAGUAUAAUAAACUUAAAAAAAAGGUUUUAAAACAGAUAUUUUGAGUAAUAGUGUUAAACAUUAUUUUGCUAUAUUUCGCAAACAUUUUGUACAAGUGGGUAUCUAUACAUUUUUCUAUUUUUUAUAAAAUCAAAUAAUGUAAAAGAAUAAAACUGGUUAUUUUA